CCAUCUGUGCACACAACACACCUACCCUUCGUAGAGCCUCUCCUCUCUCGCACCACUCACUCGGCUUCGGAGCAUACCGAACACGCCAUUCCCCAGCCAGUAUACCAUCUCCUCCGCAUCCCAGCUAAACAAGCUCGCUCAACGGAAAUCUCGCACACGGUACCCUACCACCAACCCACCACUCACGCUACGGGAAAACCACACUAAGCACCCAACCCCACGGACUUUCUUCUAGCGUAGUUCAGUUACGGUAGCACAGACACACACACACGUUCAUCCAUCCAUGCCCUAAAGCAGAUCUGACAGCAUGACAACAUUCUAUUCCGUAAAAUAUAUCUGAAUCCUGUGCUACUUUGGGGGUGUAACGGGGGAACCGUUGUUGACGAAUCCAAUCACGCAAUCCAGAGAAGGAGAAAAAGUGGUACCCGGACUCGCGGAUGAUCGACCUUCUAGAUGGUUUCUAGCGUGUUACUUGUUUGGGAUUAGGUUGCUGUGCCAACAAGGUCUCGCCCAUUGACACUGGCUAUAACUAUACCUCUCUACAUGGUUUGCCUGCACCCUGCCCCCUGUAUGGUAUGAUGAUAUCGUGCUCUCUGUUCCAUCUCUUUCCUCUCGGUCGGUCCUCGCUUCGAUGCAAGAACGCAAAGCAAAAAGCAGGAUGUCCGGAAUCUCCGAUCUACGCUCGUAUUCAGAACAUUAACAUCAUCAGCGAAUUCGACAAGACUAUGCUUUUUGACUCCUUGGUCCUUCUACCUCUUACAUGUCUGCAAGCGGGUACAACGGCAACAACUCGAGUAUCAUGUCUGAUUAUAUACAAACACAUGACAUAUCCUUUCGUUUUCUCCCUUUGCUUCUCGCUCCUCCCCAAACACCAACAGUUCCUUUUUUUCGCGAAUCCCUUGCAAACGCCAUACUUCCCCCCGGAAUCCAUGUCAGUCAGUUUGUUUGUUUGUUCGUGUUCGGAGAUCGGAGAUCGGGAAUCGAGCACAAGAAGAGAAAAUGGAGGACUUGGGCUGACGAUUCCGUGUUGACCAAACGAGAAGUGUGGCAUUUUCCUAGCAUAGACGGGGUUACCGAGACAUUCGUUUCUUUGUCGUACAAACCCCCUUUCCCUGAGCCUUUUUUGCGGGAUCAUGUACCGAGGACAGUGAACUAGUGAUGAUGCCAAUGGUGAUAUAGAAGCAGUUACCAGUAGGAAUUGAGACUACGUGAAUAUGAAGUUCUCAUGUUGAGAAUGCGAGAAUCAUGAAAUCAAACAAUCUUACAAUUCCACAUUGUGUCUGUCUAGAAACCGUAUUCAAGUCUGAGGAUCCGGAAUCGUGCACCUAUAGAACAAACUCAGAUAUGAAUGUAUGUGUAAAUCAUGCAACGAAACCUCAUUGUUAGGCUCACCAUCACACCUUUUUUACAGAUCCCAAUUCGUCUCCAAUCAACCCCUGACAACCCAGUCCCUAAUAUUCUACUCUCACAUCCCCUCAAGACACCUCCCCCUCCCCCCC